AUGGCAAACCCCCCAAGCGAUAGGCCUAGGCACAUCAAGUGCCUGCAAGUGAACCUCCAUCAUGCAAAGGCGGCCUCUGACGUCUUAAGCAGGAGGUUCAAAACAGAACUCUUGGAUGUCGCAUUCAUCCAAAAACCGUGGGUUUUCGCCGGGGCUAUUAAAGGCCUAAACGACUGUGAUGAGUUGACACAACAGGACUUAGCUGCUGUAUGGACUAAAGUGCCCACUCAAAUGGGAGAACAAGAGGUCGUUCUCGCUUCAGCUUACCUCCCAGGCGACAGCUGUGAGAUGCCCACAAGGGAAGUAAUAGCCCUAGAGGAGUACUGCAGAAGGAGAAAGCUGAAACUAAUAAUGAGCUGCGACGCCAAUGCCCAUCACUGUGUUUGGGGCAGCUCGGACACCAAUUCUAGAGGUGAGUCAUUUCUUGAAUUUAUCACUAAGAACAACUUAUUUAUUCUUAACCGGGGUAAUGAGCCGACCUUUGUCAAUGCUAUAAGAGGGGAGGUUCUAGACUUGACAAUUUCCUCAACUAGCUUGUCGACCUUUAUCUCAAACUGGCAUGUCUCAAAUGAGGUAUCUAUGUCGGACCACCGGCAUAUUCGAUUCGAUAUAGAAGCCCAAAGAGUAACAAACCAUGUUUACAGAAAUCCCAGAAAAACAAACUGGGAACUCUUUCGCCUCCACAUAGAGCGGGAAGUGAAUGGUUCUACCGCACCAAUUUCAUCCGUCUAUGAACUUGAGGACGAGGCAAUAUAUACGCACGACGACGUUGAAAAAUGGAAUUCAGUGGAGGGCAAUGAGACAAUUUGUAAUGACGAUGUCGAAACGAUUGUCUCAUCUGAAGAUAAUAUUGAUGACGUAUACAAUCAGGCAGUCGGGAAUCAAAUAACAGCUGCUGAAGCUAUCAAAGCUUUUGACAAAUGCAUUGAAUGGGCUGAAGCAUUUUCAAGCAUUUUGGCAUUGCAGAGCCUUCGAGACAAAGCAGUACAAAAAUCGCUGACUGAACGCAAAAAACAGACGGUUAUAUUAACUUUCUUUCAUUCUUAA